ACCGUGUAUGUGUAUGGUGUUGCGGAUUGAGGACAGGUUAAACUAGUUUGGUUUGAUUCUUUAUAAACGCUGUUUAUCGGACAUGUCUCAGAAUGUACUGAUCAGAUUAUCUACACAGUGUAUCAGAGGGUUUGUGAAUAUCGGAUCAGGUCUGAGGUUGUUUCAGACUUCAGCUGCAGUGAAGGACGAACAGUUCGAUGUUUCACUGCUGCAGUUUCUGGUGUGUCCUCUCUCCAAGAAACCUCUCAGAUAUGAGGAAACAACAAACGAACUGAUCAACGAUGAGCAUGGCAUCGCAUAUCCGAUCCUUGAUGGCAUCCCUAACAUGAUUCCUCAAGAUGCACGGCUGAUCAAGAAGACUGAAGGAACUGAAGAACCAACUCAGUCUUAG